UUCAGGUGAUCUGCCCUCCUCGGCCUCCCAAAGUGCUGGGAUUGCAGGUGUGAGCCACCGCGCCUGGCCCGGGAUAACACUUGUAAUCCAACCUGGACUUCUUUUAACCAAACAGUCUAUUUUUGCCCAAGCCCAAACAAAACACAGCACCUUUGUUACUUCAAUUACACAUUACAGCGAUACAAUUAUAGUAGAACUCUUCCUGUUCCCUGGGGGGCCCUCUAGGUAUGCGAAUCCUACGGGUGGCAAUACCUGGUUGGACGGGGAGACACACUUGGGGGUGGCCAUUAAUUCCAUUCACCAUCUGGGAUAAUAUUUCUCUCCCCAGUAAUCUAGAUGCUUACAAACAUUGCUGGUUAUGAAUGCGCCGGACUCCCUGGUGACGGUACCCUAUCACAGUAUUCUCCCCUGCCACCGGUACAAUCCUGCUUCAGCAACAAAUUCAAACAUUCAGCUUCCAUGUAGAAAAAGCUCUUAAUGAUAGUAGCAUGGAACUUAUGUUGUAAUCAGAUAAAUUUGCUCAGCUGUGUACUGUCAUGUUGCAAAGUCAAAUGGCAUUAGGUUUGCUUACCGCAGCCCAAGGAAAGGUUUGCCCCUUACUGCAUCCUGAAUGUUAUGUGUAUAUCCCUGACAAUUCUCACAAUAUGAAUCUCCUUGCAAAGCCAUGAGGGGUGUGGUUUUUAUUAAUUAUGCUUUUAGUUCUCCUGUGCUUACCCUGUAUCUGUAAUCUAUAGCAAUUGUGGCUUCCCUGUGUAUCCGUAAGAGUAUUUUCCUACAAUUGAGUAUCAGAUUGAGGCCAAAUGUGGAGGAAAAGUUAAAUAUUAAAUUUGAACUCAAUUGAACAUGGACACAAACAAUGGUCACCAAGUCCCGGAACGGGUUGUGUGAGCCCCUUGAGGCAUUCAUCCAGCGCUGUUUCAGAUAAAUCUCUAUUUCAAUCUAUUCCUAUAUGUUAGUUAUUGAAAAACAACAGACAAUCGCAAAAACAAGUUGACCUUUUUGUGUUCCUUGAGCCUGGUCACGAAGGGCCCUCGUGCCUGGAGCUCAUGCCAAACAACUCAUUACAAAAGAACUAGGGUCCUAGAUUGUGCCGAAGCUUCAUGAGACCUCUCCUCGUCUGUGCACGGACGAGUGGCCGACUCUGGAGCCCAGGCUGUUGUUUCCUAGUCUGGUGGCGAAUCCGCCAUCGUCUGGUGAGUGCAGUGUCCGACUCUCGAGCCCAGGCUGUUGCUGUUGCUUCCCAGUCUGGUGGUGAAUCCUCCAUAGUCUGGGACAAAUAUGGCCCUGAAGGCUCCAUGAGCAGACGAGAAGGCUGGACUUCGCAACUGGGUCACCUUAGAUCCGGAACUAGAGAGUGACACCGUUGUUUCCGGGAGGAAAAAGAAGAAAAAGCGCUUGACCCGGAAGCUGCGUGUCCCAUCCCCGCGCCUGCUUCUCUGACUGGGGUGAGGCCGCAGCGGACUGCCCUUUCCCAAGAUGGCGUCGAAGAUAGGUUCGAGACGGUGGAUGUUGCAGCUGAUCAUGCAGUUGGGUUCGGUGCUGCUCACACGCUGCCCCUUUUGGGGCUGCUUCAGCCAGCUCAUGCUGUACGCUGAGAGGGCUGAGGCACGCCGGAAGCCCGACAUCCCAGUGCCUUACCUGUAUUUCGACAUGGGGGCAGCCGUGCUGUGCGCUAGUUUCAUGUCCUUUGGCGUGAAGCGGCGCUGGUUCGCGCUGGGGGCCGCACUCCAAUUGGCCAUUAGCACCUACGCCGCCUACAUCGGGGGCUACGUCCACUACGGGGACUGGCUGAAGGUCCGUAUGUACUCGCGCACAGUUGCCAUCAUCGGCGGCUUUCUUGUGUUGGCCAGCGGUGCUGGGGAGCUGUACCGCCGGAAACCUCGCAGCCGCUCCCUGCAGUCCACCGGCCAGGUGUUCCUGGGUAUCUACCUCAUCUGUGUGGCCUACUCACUGCAGCACAGCAAGGAGGACCGGCUGGCGUAUCUGAACCAUCUCCCAGGAGGGGAGCUGAUGAUCCAGCUGUUCUUCGUGCUGUAUGGCAUCCUGGCCCUGGCCUUUCUGUCAGGCUACUACGUGACCCUCGCUGCCCAGAUCCUGGCUGUACUGCUACCCCCUGUCAUGCUGCUCAUUGAUGGCAAUGUUGCUUACUGGCACAACACGCGGCGUGUUGAGUUCUGGAACCAGAUGAAGCUCCUUGGAGAGAGUGUGGGCAUCUUCGGAACUGCUGUCAUCCUGGCCACUGAUGGCUGAGUUUUAUGGCAAGAGGCUGAGAUGGGCACAGGGAGCCACUGAGGGUCACCCUGCCUUCCUCCUUGCUGGCCCAGCUGCUGUUUAUUUAUGCUUUUUGGUCUGUUUGUUUGAUCUUCUGCUUUUUUAAAAUUGUUUUUUGCAGUUAAGAGGCAGCUCAUUUGUCCAAAUUUCUGGGCUCAGCGCUUGGGAGGGCAGGAGCCCUGGCACUAAUGCUGUACAGGUUUUUUUCCUGUUAGGAGAGCUGAGGCCAGCUGCCCACUGAGUCUCCUGUCCCUGAGAAGGGAGUAUGGCAGGGCUGGGAUGCGGCUGCUGAGAGUGGGAGAGUGGGAGACAGAGGAAGGAAGAUGGAGACUGGAAGUGAGCCAAUGUGAAAAAUUCCUCUUUGAACCUGGCAGAUGCAGCGAGGCUCUGCAGUGCUGUUUGGAGACUGUGAGAGGGAGUGUGUGUGUUGACACAUGUGGAUCAGGCCCAGGAAGGGCACAGGGGCUGAGCACUACAGAAGUCACAUGGGUUCUCAGGGUAUGCCAGGGGCAGAAACAGUACCGGCUCUCUGUCACUCACCUUGAGAGUAGAGCAGACCCUGUUCUGCUCUGGGCUGUGAAGGGGUGGAGCAGGCAGUGGCCAGCUUUGCCCUUCCUGCUGUCUCUGUUUCUAGCUCCAUGGUUGGCCUGGUGGGGGUGGAGUUCCCUCUCAAACACCAGACCACACAGUCCUCCAAAAAUAAACAUUUUAUAUAGACA